CCCGACGAGGGUGAGGCGGGGCGCUUGAGCUACCAGAUGGAGGCGCUAUUCGACGAGCGCUCUAACGGCUACUUCCUGAUCGACGGGGCCACGGGCGCUGUGAGCACGGCCCGAGAGCUGGACCGGGAGACCAAGGACACGCACGUGCUCAAGGUCAGCGCUGUGGACCACGGCACGCCGCGGCGUUCAGCCGCCACCUACCUCACCGUCACGGUCAGCGACACCAACGACCACAGCCCAGUCUUCGAGCAGUCUGAGUACCGUGAACGAGUGCGCGAGAACCUCGAGGUGGGCUACGAGGUGCUGACCAUCCGUGCCACUGAUGGCGACGCGCCCUCCAACGCCAACAUGCGCUACCGCCUGCUGGAGGGCGCGGGCGGCGUCUUCGAGAUCGAUGCGCGCUCGGGCGUGGUGCGAACUCGGGCGUUGGUGGACCGGGAAGAGGCGGCCGAGUACCAGCUGUUGGUAGAGGCCAAUGACCAGGGCCGCAACCCGGGCCCACUCAGCGCCACAGCCACCGUGCACAUUGUGGUGGAGGACGAGAAUGACAACUACCCUCAGUUCAGCGAGAAGCGCUAUGUGGUCCAGGUGCCGGAGGAUGUGGCCGUCAACACAGCGGUGCUUCGGGUGCAAGCCACCGACCGGGACCAGGGUCAGAACGCGGCCAUACACUACAGCAUCGUCAGCGGCAACCUGAAGGGCCAGUUCUACCUGCACUCACUGAGCGGAAGCCUGGACGUGAUCAACCCGCUGGACUUCGAGGCCAUCCGGGAGUACACGCUGCGCAUCAAGGCCCAAGAUGGCGGCCGACCACCGCUCAUUAACUCCUCGGGGCUAGUGUCUGUGCAGGUGCUGGAUGUGAAUGACAACGCCCCCAUCUUCGUGAGCAGCCCCUUCCAGGCCACCGUGCUGGAGAACGUGCCGCUGGGCUACUCGGUGUUGCACAUCCAGGCAGUGGAUGCGGACGCGGGAGAGAACGCCCGUCUUCGCUAUCGCCUGGUGGACACGGGCUCAGCUGCCUUGCGGGGCGGCGGUGCUGGGCCUGAGGAUCCCGACUCCACCCUGGACUUCCCCUUCCAAAUCCACAACAGCUCGGGCUGGAUCACUGUGUGCGCGGAGCUGGACCGCGAGGCGGUGGAACGCUACAGCUUCGGGGUGGAAGCGGUGGACCACGGCUCCCCGCCCAUGAGUUCAUCCGCCAGUGUGUCGAUCACGGUGCUGGAUGUGAACGACAACGACCCGGUGUUCACCCAGCCCCUGUACGAGCUGCGUCUCAACGAGGACGCCGCCGUGGGGAGCAGCGUGCUGACUCUGCAGGCCCGUGACCGUGACGCCAACAGCGUGAUCACCUACCAGCUCACCGGGGGCAACACCCGGAACCGCUUUGCACUCAGCAGCCAGAGUGGUGGCGGCCUGAUCACCCUGGCGCUGCCCCUGGACUACAAGCAGGAGCGGCAGUACGUGCUGGCCGUGACCGCCUCAGACGGCACGCGUUCACACACCGUGCAGGUCUUCAUCAAUGUGACGGACGCCAACACCCACCGGCCGGUCUUCCAGAGUUCUCACUACACCAUCAGUGUCAACGAGGACCGGCCUGUGGGCACCUCCAUUGCCACCAUCAGUGCCACUGAUGAGGACACGGGUGAGAAUGCCAGGAUAACCUACGUACUAGAGGACCCUGUGCCACAGUUCCGCAUUGACCCCAACACGGGGACCAUCUACACCAUGACAGAGUUGGACUAUGAGGAUCAGGCUGCCUACACGCUGGCCAUCACAGCCCGGGACAACGGCAUCCCUCAGAAAUCGGACACCACCUCCCUGGAGAUCCUCAUCCUGGACGCCAAUGACAACGUGCCCAGGUUCCUGCGGGAUUUCUACCAGGGUUCUGUCUUUGAGGACGCUCCUCCAUCCACCAGUGUCCUCCAGGUUUCCGCCACAGACAGGGACUCGGGGCCCAAUGGUCGUCUGCUAUACACCUUCCAGGGCGGGGACGAUGGUCACGGGGACUUCUACAUCGAGCCCACUUCUGGAGUGAUCCGCACCCAGCGCCGGCUGGACAGGGAAAAUGUGGCCGUGUACAACCUUCGGGCGCUGGCUGUGGAUCGGGGCAGCCCGGCUGCCCUCAGUGCCUCGGUGGAAAUCCAGGUGACUGUCUUGGACAUCAAUGACAACCCCCCAGUGUUUGAGAGGGACGAGCUGGAGCUGUUCGUGGAGGAGAACAGCCCAGUGGGGUCAGUGGUGGCCAAGAUUCGAGCCGAUGACCCCGACGAAGGCCCCAACGCCCAGAUCAUGUAUCAGAUCGUGGAGGGCAACGUGCCCGAGGUUUUCCAGCUCGACCUGCUGAGUGGAGACCUGCGUGCCCUGGCUGAGCUGGACUUCGAGGUCCGCAGGGACUAUGUGCUGGUGGUACAGGCCACGUCGGCGCCGCUGGUGAGCCGGGCCACCGUGCGCAUCCACCUCCUGGACCAGAACGACAACCCUCCAGAACUGCCCGACUUCCAGAUCCUCUUCAACAACUAUGUCACCAACAAGUCUAACAGCUUCCCCAGCGGUGUUAUUGGUCGCAUCCCGGCCCAUGACCCUGACCUCUCAGACAGCCUCAACUACACCUUCCUGCGGGGCAAUGAGCUGCACCUGCUGCUGCUGGACUCUACCACGGGCGAGCUGCAGCUCAGCCGGGAUCUGGACAACAACAGGCCCUUGGAAGCGCUCAUGGAGGUGUCUGUGUCAGACGGCAUCCACAGCAUCACGGCCCUGUGCACCCUGCGUGUCACCAUCAUCACGGACGACAUGCUGACCAACAGCAUCACCGUGCGCCUGGAGAACAUGUCUCAGGAGAGGUUCCUCUCCCCGCUGCUGUCCCUGUUCGUGGAGGGGGUGGCCACGGUGCUGUCCACGACCAAGGACGACGUCUUCGUCUUCAACAUCCAGAAUGACACGGACGUCAGCUCCAACAUCCUGAACGUGACCUUCUCGGCGCUGCUGCCCGGCGGUGUGCGCGGCCGCUUCUUCCCGUCCGAGGACCUGCAGGAGCAGAUCUACCUGAACCGCACGCUGCUCGCCACCAUCUCCGCCCAGCGCGUGCUGCCCUUCGACGACAACAUCUGCCUACGCGAGCCGUGCGAGAACUACAUGAAGUGCGUGUCGGUGCUGCGCUUCGACAGCUCGGCGCCCUUCGUCAGCUCCACCACCGUGCUCUUCCGGCCCAUCCACCCCAUCACCGGCCUGCGCUGCCGCUGCCCGCCCGGCUUCACGGGCGACUACUGCGAGACCGCAACUGACCACUCUGGAUUGAAGUCCCCCAUGGGUGCACUCCUGAGUGGCAACUACCUGUCACUGGUGGGAGAAGCCAUCUUUUUAGGUGAGAAGCAGGGCGUUGUGGGAAGGGGAGUAACGGCCAUUUUAAGGCGAGGGAAAUCUAACAGGAACAAGGUACCCACGGCUGUCUUACGGCUCUGCACACCCAGGAUGCCCGGGGAGCACUGCCAGGUGAAUGCCCGCUCAGGCCGCUGUGCCAAUGGCGUGUGUAAGAAUGGAGGCACCUGCGUGAAUCUGCUCAUCGGCGGUUUCCACUGUGUGUGCCCGCCGGGCGAGUUCGAGCGGCCCUACUGUGAGGUCAGCACACGGAGCUUCCCGCCCCAGUCCUUUGUCACCUUCCGAGGCCUGCGCCAGCGGUUCCACUUCACCGUCUCGCUCGCGUUCUCCACACAGGAGCGGAAUGCACUGCUGCUGUACAACGGCCGCUUCAACGAGAAGCACGACUUCAUCGCGCUGGAGGUUGUGGGCGAGCAGGUGCAGCUCACCUUCUCGGCAGGUGAGACCACCACGACUGUGACACCGCAGGUCCCCGGGGGCGUAAGUGACGGGCGCUGGCACUCCGUGCAGGUCCAGUACUACAACAAGCCCAACAUCGGCCGCCUGGGCCUGCCCCACGGGCCGUCAGGGGAGAAGGUGGCCGUGGUGACCGUGGACGACUGUGACACCGCCAUGGCCGUGCACUUCGGCAGCUACGUCGGGAACUACAGCUGUGCUGCCCAGGGCACCCAGAGCGGCUCCAAGAAGUCCCUGGAUCUGACGGGGCCCCUGCUCCUGGGCGGCGUCCCCAACCUGCCGGAAGACUUCCCCGUGCGCAACCGGCAGUUUGUGGGUUGCAUGCGCGACCUGUCCAUUGACGGCCAGAACGUGGACAUGGCCAGCUUCAUUGCCAACAACGGCACCAGGGCAGGCUGCUCUGCCCAGAGGGACUUCUGCGGGGGUGCCGUGUGCCAGCACGGGGGCACCUGUGUGAACCGGUGGAACUCCUACCUGUGCCGCUGCCCGCUGCGCUUCGGGGGCAGGAGCUGUGAGCAAGCUAUGCCCCACCCCCAGCGCUUCAGUGGCGAGAGCAUCGUGUCCUGGAGCGACCUGGACAUCACCAUCUCUGUGCCCUGGUACCUGGGGCUCAUGUUCCGGACCCGGAAGGAAGACGGUGUGCUCAUGGAGGCCACCGCUGGUGUGUCGUCGAGGCUCCAUCUUCAGAUCUUGAACAGCUACGUCCAGUUUGAGGUGUCCCACGGCCCCUCCGACGUGGCAUCCGUGCAGCUGUCCAGGUCCCGUGUGUCCGACGGGGAGUGGCACCACCUGCUGAUAGAGCUGAAGAGUGCCAAGGAGGGCAAGGACAUCAAGUACCUGGCAGCCAUGACCCUGGACUACGGGAUGGACCAGAACACUGUGCAGAUUGGGAAUCAGCUUCCGGGGCUGAAGAUGCGGAGUGUGGUCGUCGGGGGCUUGUCUGAGGACAAGGUGUCCGUGCACCGUGGGUUUCGGGGUUGCAUGCAGGGAGUGAGGAUGGGUGAGACGUCCACCAACAUCGCCACCCUGCGCAUGAAGGACGCUCUCAAGGUCAGGGUGAAGGACGGCUGUGACAUGGAAGACCCUUGCGCCUCCAGCCCCUGUCCGCAGCACAGCCGCUGCAGAGACACCUGGGAUGGCUACUCCUGUGACUGUGACAAAGGGUUCUUUGGACUCAGGUGUGUGGAUGCCUGCCAGGUGAAUCCGUGCAAGCACUUGGCCACCUGUGAGCACACAUCCAGCUCCCCUCACGGCUACGUGUGCAAGUGUGAGGUGGGGCACUACGGCCAGUACUGUGAGAACAGAAUCGACCUUCCCUGCCCCAGGGGCUGGUGGGGGAACCCCGUCUGCGGGCCCUGCCAAUGCGCCGUGAGCCAGGGCUUCGAUCCUGACUGCAACAAGACCAAUGGCCAGUGCCAGUGUAAGGAGAAUUACUACAAGCCCCCUGCCCAGGACUCCUGCCUGCCGUGCGACUGCUUCCCCCACGGUGCCCACAGCCGCACAUGUGACAUGGACACCGGGCAGUGCAUGUGCAAGCCCGGCGUCAUCGGCCGCCAGUGCAACCGCUGUGACAACCCUUUCGCCGAGGUCACCUCUCUGGGCUGCGAAGUGAUCUACAACGGAUGUCCCCGGGUGUUUGAGGCUGGCAUCUGGUGGCCACAGACCAAGUUUGGGCAGCCGGCCGCGGUGCCGUGCCCCAAGGGAUCUGUGGGAAACGCCAUUCGGCACUGCAGUGGGGAGAAGGGCUGGCUGCCCCCUGACCUCUUCAACUGCACCAGCGGCUCCUUUGUGGGCCUCAAAGUCACGAAUGAGAAGCUGGGCCGAAACGAGUCUCGGAUGGACGGUGACCAGGUUCUUCGCCUGGUGAAGGCACUGCACAAUGCCACACAGCUGGGUGGCGGGCUCUUUGGCAGUGAUGUGCGCACGGCCUACCAGCUGCUGGCCCGCGUCCUGCAGCACGAGAGCCAGCAGCAGGGCUUCGACCUGGCGGCCACACGCGACGCCAACUUCCAUGAGGAUGUCAUCCACACGGGCAGCGCCCUCCUGGCGCCGGACACCAGGGCCACGUGGGAGCAGAUCCAGCGCAGUGAGGCUGGCGCCGCCCAGCUGCUGAGGCGCUUUGAGGCCUACUUCAGCAACGUGGCACGCAACCUGCGGAGGACCUACCUGCGGCCCUUUGUCCUCGUCACUGCCAACAUGAUUCUCGCGGUGGACGUCUUUGACAAGUUCAACUUCACGGGCGCCCGGGUACCACGCUUUGAGGACAUUCAGGACGAGUUCCCCAGGGAGCUGGAAUCCUCCGUGUCCUUCCCCGCUGAUGUCUUCAAACCACUUGAGAAAAAAGACAGCCUCCGUAGGGCCAUACCGCAGACAACACGCGCAGCGCCUGGGGCUGAGACGGAGGCCCCAGCCGGCAGGCGCAGGAGACACCCAGAUGACCCUGGUCAGUUUGCAGUGGCCUUGGUCAUUGUGUACCGGACCCUAGGCCAGCUCCUGCCUGAGCACUACGACCCCGACCGCCGCAGCCUCCGGCUGCCCAACCGGCCCGUCAUUAACACACCAGUGGUGAGCGCCAUGGUGUACAAUGAGGGGGCCCCGCUCCCCAGCUCCCUGGAGCGGCCGGUGCCGGUGGAGUUCGCCCUGCUGGAGACGGAGGAGCGGACCAAGCCUGUCUGUGUGUUCUGGAACCACUCCCUGGACAUUGGAGGGACCGGAGGGUGGUCGGCCAAGGGCUGCGAGCUUGUGUCCCGGAACCGGACCCACGUCACCUGCCAGUGCAGCCACGCGACCAGCUGCGCAGUGCUCAUGGACGUCUCAAGGCGCGAGCACGGGGAGGUCCUGCCCCUGAAGAUCGUCACCUACGCUGCCAUGGCCCUGUCCCUGGCGGCCCUGCUGGUGGCCUUCAUGCUGCUCACCCUGGUCCGGACCCUGUGCUCCAACCUGCACAGCAUCCACAGGAACCUCACGGCGGCACUGUUCUCUGCCCAGCUGGUCUUCGUGGUCGGCAUCAGCCAGACGGAGAACCCGUUCCUGUGCACGGUGGUUGCCAUCCUCCUGCACUACACCUACAUGAGCACCUUCGCCUGGACGCUGGUGGAGAGCCUGCAUGUCUACCGCAUGCUGACCGAGGUGCGCAACAUCGACGCCGGGCCCAUGAGGUUCUACUACGUUGUGGGCUGGGGCAUCCCGGCCAUUGUCACAGGGCUAGCAGUUGGCCUGGACCCCCAGGGCUAUGGGAACCCCGACUUCUGCUGGCUGUCACUCCACGACUCGCUCAUCUGGAGCUUCGCUGGGCCCAUCGGAGCUAUCAUCGUUAUCAACACAGUCAUCUUUGUCCUGUCUGCAAAGGUUUCCUGUCAGAGAAAGCACCACUACUAUGAGAGAAAGGGGGUCCGUUCCGUGCUCAGGACAGCCUUCCUCCUGCUGAUGCUCGUCAGCGCCACCUGGCUGCUGGGGCUGCUGGCCGUGAACAGCGACAAGCUCAGCUUUCACUACCUCUUUGCUGCCUUCAGCUGCUUGCAGGGCCUCUUCGUCCUCCUGUCCCACUGCGUGUUCAACAGGGAGGUCCGGAAGCACCUGAGGGCCGUGCUUACUGGGAAGAAGCUGCACCUGGAUGAAUCAGCCACCACGAGGGCCACUCUGCUGACGCGCUCCCUCAACUGCAACAACACGUACAGCGAGGGGCCCGACAUGCUCCGCACAGCUCUGGGCGAGUCCACUGCCUCACUGGACAGCACCACCAGGGAUGAAGGGGUGCAGAAGCUCAGUGUGUCCUCAGGGCCGGCACGUGGUGGCCAUGGCGAGCUGGAUUCAUCUUACGUCCCCAGGAAUUCCAAGAAACCCCGCGGCCCUGAUUCGGAUUCGGACAGUGAGCUGUCACUGGACGAGCAGAGCAGCUCCUACGCCUCCUCUCACUCGUCAGACAGCGAGGACGACGUCGGGGAAGCCGAAGACAAGUGGGACUCAGUCGGGGGCCCUGUCCACAGCACCCCCAAAGCUGACACGUUGGCCAACCACAUCCCAGCCAGCUGGCCUGAUGACAGCCUGGCAAGGAGCGACAGUGAGGAGCUGGGCCCUGAACCCCCGCUGCGGGUGGAGACCAAGGUCAGCGUGGAGCUGCACGGGCAGGAGCAGGGCAACCACUGCGGCAGCCAUCCCCUGGACCCCACCAAGCCUGCAGCUGUGCUCGGCACCCAGCUGCCCGAGCAGAGGAAAGGCAUCCUGAAGAACCGGGUCACCUACCCACCACCGCUACCAGAGCAGCCGCUCAAAUGCCGGCUGCGGGAAAAACUGGCUGACUGCGAGCAGAGCCCGUCAUCCUCGCGCACCUCCUCUCUGGGCUCUGGCGAUGGCAUCCGGCCCCCUGACUGUGUCAUCACCAUCAAGAACCCCCACGGGGAGCCGGGCCGCGAGCACCUCAACGGGGUGGCCAUGAACGUGCGCGUGGGGAGCGCCCAGGCCCAGGGCUCCGACUCCGAAGGCAGUAAUGAAACUUCAAUUUGAACCAUCAGGAAACCGUGAGGCCAACUGUCACCCACACGGGCCGCUGGGGCAGGGCCUUUGGACCACGGAGCCUGGGGGCCGCUGCCUGCCGAGCGAAGCAGGCCCCGGGUGCAGCUCCACAGGGGAUCCUCCAGACAGAUUUUGGCCCUUCUGCUGUAGUCAGCCCCUGUGACAAGUGCCAAAGCCACAGGUGGUCUCAAGGGAGACAUGGACUCUGGGCCAGCACAGCUCAGUCCUGACUGCAGACAACCAAAGCCGUACCUCUGGCCUGGCCAAGGGGCCCCGUGCGAGAGCUGGCCAACCCUGGGUUGGCCUUGCAUAGCAGGAGAGCCACCAGGCGGGCCUUCAGCUCGGCAGGGCUCAGAGAUGCUGGACACGGAGUGGGACCCCAGCCCUGCAGCACCUACUGUGGCCCCAGCCUGUGGCCAGCGCCUUGUCCUAAACCGCUCUGCUGUGUUGCAAGAUGGGAGUGCUUGUGUAUUUGCCCUGGACUCGCAAAGGAUGGAAGCUGUGGUUUGUUUGUCCUGACCUGGAUGCGGGCGGUCUGUGGAGUCAUCUCCUGCUGCUUUUACAUAAGGAAGAUGGAUUGCACGGUGUACUUGAACCUGGCAUGUGUGGACACAGCCUGUAUCCCAGCAGUGCAGAGGUGGGGACUUCAGCAGUGAGCGCGAAACCGAGUCAUUGCGAGUCUCCGUAGCUGCUUCCAGCCAGUGAGCAGAGAGGUGUGGGUGCUCCUGCUGCCCCAGCCCACGGCUCGUGCUCUGAGCACGUGUGCCCUCAGUGCCCACCUGCCCCAGGGGCGUGGGUCAGCAGGGCCACCUGGGACCAGGUCACUUGUCAUGCUGUGCCACCUGUACCCACCCUGGUGCUGGGCCCACUCCGUCGGUACCGCAGGUAGGCAUCCGUCUGUCCCCUUCUGCUCUGCUCCGGGGGGAACCAGAGCAUUCACACGCCCCGAUCCAGGCGGAGCCGUGAGGUCUUCCAGGAUGUCACAUUCCUUCCUGCCAAUUUCCCAGCUCCUUUAGACUCCAGGCCUCUCUGAGCAGGCUGGGGGCCCCACCCCGAGAGUCUACCAAUGACAUCAUUUUGCUUCAAAUGGCCAAUUGUGCACAGGGACAAAGCCACAGCCACACUGCUCAAUGCUUAUGGAACUGCUUUUGGAAACUCACGGAGACCGUCUGUGGCUGCAGCAUUGGCACAGCAUGGCCCGAGGGGCUGUGGGAUGGAGCCUGGAGUCAGCCAGACACACUGGAUUUCAGCAUUGCCUCUGUUCUUUAAAUCAGGUGCCCAAAUACGUGAUGUGACAGCUGCUCCCAAGCAGGAGAAACCGAGCGAGGACCAAGUGAAGCGCACACAUUCCCAUGCCCUGUCCACCUCGUCUGAGGGAGACGUGGGCAUUGCUUGAAUGACUGCUCAAGGGAGGAAACCAGACAGGGCCACAGAACAGGGAUCCUGAGCGGACUGCUGUGUGCCUCACAGUGCACAGCCUCAAAGCAGGGUCUGCCACCGGGGCGGCGCCCGCUCUCCCGUUCCCUACCCUGCCUUGGCGUAUUUCAGCCCUGGGAUGUAACUUUUUAAAUGUGAUCAGAACUGUUACCAAAAAAAAAAAAAAAAUUUUAAGACAGGAAAAAUGUAAGCCUAUUUUUAUGACUUUAUGGGGGAGAUGAGACACUGGAGGUUUUUAACAAAUGUGUAUUUAUUAUGUGCAGAACACUGGAGCGACAACGCAGCUGAGGAGAAUCUACAAUAAAUUAAGCGUUUUGAGUUUGUA